CAUUCAUAUCAUAGACUAUAUAAUAAAUAAUAAUUGAAUCACUGGAGACUGGAGAGUCAGACUAGUCAGAGUAGAUCAUAGGACAGUGACAAAGAAGUAAAGAACCAUGAAUAGAACAACCUCAUAAGUCAUAGAAAAACUCAUUUGAUAAUAUUUGAACUUUUUACUUUAUCAACUCAAAAUCACGGUUCAUUAUUUUUUGUGGGUAUUUUUAUUUGUACAUCGUAAGCUUGUGAAGUCAUGGAUGUAUUACGUCCAAAGAUAAUAGACAUCGAUGGUCGAAAGUAUCGAUUAAAUACUUCUGAUUGUUGUCCAAACGAGUAUGAUGAACCUGAAACACAAAUGCACAAUAAUGAAGCAUCUGAAAACCUGCCGUCUUAUGUCGAAAGAGAUGAUAUUGAUGAAGAAGAAUUUGAUGAUUUAAAUAUUUACAUGGAAGGUGAUCGAUGUGUACUAAAACUAGAAGCUCCAAAUAUAUUUUAUGGUUUGAUCAUUGGUAGAAAUCGAGAAAAUCUUAAGAAUCUUGAAUAUCAAACAAGAACUAGAAUUAAAAUUCCUAGUAUGAGAGAAAAUAAUGUAAUAACUAUUAAAGGAGAACAAAGGGCCCAUGUUAUUGCUGCUAAAUCAAAAAUUGAUGCAAUUAUAAAGAGAGGUCGAUCCAAACAGAGUAUGACUCAUUUUAUUUCUUUACCAAUGGUCAAUCCAAUAGUGAUUGAAAAUUAUUUAGCUUUCAAGAAAAUGGUUCUUGAUGAAUGUGGUCAAUGCCGUGGUGUCACUGAACUUUUAUUUCAAGAUCAAUUCAAACUUCAUUUAACAAUUACUUGUUUUGUGCUAUGUAAUACAGCAGAAAUUAAAAGAGCUAUCAAAUUAAUGGAACAGUGUGAAAAUACUGUAAUAAAACCUAUGAAUUUGAAAACCUUGGAUGUAUUAGUUUCUGGAUUAGAUUAUAUGAAUGAUGAUCCAUCAGAAGUGAAUGUUUUAUAUGCCAAAGUGGAAAGUCCUGAAAUUCAAAUUUUGGCGGAUAAUAUACAAACAUUCUUUGAAGAUUGUGAUUUGGCAUUACAACCAAGAAAUAAUCAUGUAAAGCUACAUAUAACUUUGAUGAAUUCUGGAUUCUACGAUUAUCAAUGUACUGUUAAUGGAGAUUCUGGCAAUAAAUCUCAUCUUACAUUUGAUGCUAGAAAAAUAAUUGAAAAAUUUAAUGAUUAUACAUUUGGGACAGUACAGCUAUCAGAUAUACAUCUGUCACAACGCCAUACGACUGAUUCAAAUGGAUACUACAAAUCAUCAUAUAUACUAAAGCUUUAACCAUCUAGGAAUUUAUCUUGUAUCUAUCAAGAUUUUAGAAAAAUACUCAAAUUAUUUAUUUGGAUUCAGAAUAAAAUGUUCAAAUACAA